UUUGAUACGCGUCUUGUUAACCGAGAGAGUGAGUUUGGGCAAAGUCUGGGGUUUGGGAUUCGAGUUGCAGAUGUGGAGAGAAGCUCCAGGGUUGUGGGGUGAGGUUUUAUUUGCUGGCCGCGGUGUCGGUGUAAGGGGACCUCGGACUUGGUGUUCAUGUCCCGUAAAAAACUUCUUACACACCCGAGUGAGGUGUGUGGAGUAAGAGCACUUGGCUAGGUAGCUAGCUAGCUGUGCUAACGAGUCGCGAGCUCCACGCGGCGCUGCAGAAGUUUAGUGAGAGUAUGAAGGUCAGGAGGAUUUCCUCAGAUUCAACUCUCAAUUGAUGAUCUACUCUCGGGUUUUAUUAAGCUGAAGUGCGGAAUAUGUGUAAGGAUGAGCCACAGAGACACACUGGUUCAUCUGUUUGCUGGAGGAUGUGGUGGUACGGUGGGAGCCAUUCUGACGUGCCCCUUGGAGGUGGUAAAGACGAGGCUGCAGUCUUCUUCCAUAACACUCUACAUCUCUGGAGUUCAGCUCAGCACCGUGAAUGGAGCCACCAUGACCCGAGUGGCCACACCCGGGCCCUUGCAUUGCCUCAAGAUGAUUUUGGAGAAGGAAGGCCCUCGUUCUUUGUUCCGAGGUCUUGGCCCUAACCUAGUAGGAGUUGCUCCUUCAAGGGCAAUUUACUUUGCCGCCUACUCCACUACUAAGGAGCGAAUGAACAGCACACUGGAGCCCGACUCCAUACAGGUGCACAUGGUGUCUGCUGGCAUGGCAGGAUUCACGGCCAUUACUGCUACCAAUCCCAUCUGGCUAAUCAAGACCCGACUGCAGUUAGACGCCAGGAACCGCGGUGAGCGUCGGAUGAAUGCGCUGCAGUGCGUGAGGCGAGUGUAUCAGACAGAUGGUGUGCGUGGGUUUUACCGCGGCAUGUCCGCAUCCUACGCCGGAAUCUCAGAGACAGUUAUCCACUUUGUGAUCUACGAGAGCAUCAAACGGCGCCUCCUGGAGACCAGAGCAGCGACUCGCAUGGAUCAAAAGAACGAAGAUGCACGAAAAGCAUCGGAUUUCAUGUGCAUGAUGAUGGCAGCUGCCACCUCCAAAACCUGUGCCACAUGUAUAGCUUAUCCUCACGAGGUGGUGCGCACCCGGCUGAGGGAAGAAGGCACCAAGUAUCGCUCGUUCCUGCAGACAGUGAGCAUGGUGUCCAGAGAGGAAGGACUAAAAGCACUAUACCGCGGCCUCACUACACACCUAGUGCGCCAGAUCCCCAACACGGCCAUCAUGAUGGCCACCUACGAGCUCGUCGUCUACCUUCUCGACCGCUAACCUCGUUCCUCUGACUUCUGACUGAACAACCUGACCAUCAUACAAACAAAGGACAAAGGCUCUGAUUUUGGAAGAGCUUCUGGUCAUAGUGCCAAUAUAAACUGUACAUGAACACAUAAGAAUGUCUAGAGGAAGUCUGAGACAUUAACGAGUGUGGAAAGUGAGGCGACUGUUUAAAAAAAAACAUGCACUAAUGUGAAGGGAGUUUCCAGAAAGAGAUAAAGGGAAGUUAUUUCUGUGGAUUGUUUCCUUUUUCGUAGGCAUAUGUAAAGCUGCUUCCAAAGGAGUCUUGUGUACGAAUGAACACAUGCAAAAGAUGCCUGAAGAAACGCAUCGAAUCAGUUAUUUUUAAUCCAAAAUCACAAUUUGGGGACUCGUGUGUUUGUUUGCAUUGCCAAGAUCGCAAGAUGGUUACUUCUCUGCAAAAACAUGAGACUUUAUAGCAGAGGAUGGUCAAAAAUACUCGGCCCAGUCCUGAAUGCCACACUCUGGUUUGUCUGUGCUCAGAAUCAGGGCUGUUUGGUCGAGCCGGAAUGAAAGAACGAUGCACUUAGACACCAUACAGAGGUAGAAGUGUUCCUGUUCCAAAUGCAGAGAUGUGUGGAGUUUUAACAGGGUUGUAAUUGUGAAUAUGGUGUGUACAUAUCUAUGUUUGUGUAGUCUGGGUAUCUUUUUUGUUUGUUUUUUUUGAUUGAAUAGUUGCCUUUGCUUAAAAUAUUACCAACACAUGAAUGUACAUGCAAAUGUGACCAAAGUAGGAAUGCUUUACGUGCUCUUACUAAAGACGUUACUAAAGGUGCAACAUUUGCUAAGUUGAUUUUUUUUUUUUUUUUUUUUUUUUUUAACACCUGUUUCACUUUUAUGUGGGAGAAAAAAAAUAUUCAGUGUUCCAGUAACAAACGUUAACGUGUCUGUGGACAUUUUGUGGUGCAGAGUACCGGAGACUCUAAAGAAUAAUUUGCCUCGUGUACCACAGAAGUGUCUGAUAUUCUGUAUUAAACUUUCCAAGGUUCAUUUAGAUAACAAGAGAUGCAUAUAGCUUCUAGUUUAGCAUUGUGUCACAGUUUUAUCCUGAGGUUUGUGCUUAGAAAAAUGUAUAUGUGUAUAUAAGUUAAACAAGUAUAAUAAAAUAAUAAAUAAAUCAGUUCUAACGCACAACUAAAGGUUUUACCCACGAGCCACAUCUCCUACAUAAAUCUGAUGCUUGUGUGAUGCAAAACCAAAUUCUGGAAUAAGAAAGUGAGUGCAAAGCUUGAGCAAAGAACUAUGACUAUUUUAGUGGUCAGGAAGGAAGGAAGGAAGUUACAAUUUUAAGAAAUCAUAAACCACAUAAGCAAGGUCAUUUCAGAUUUUGUGGUGUAAAUGAAUAAAUUUGUCUAAAUUACCGUCAGGGCUGUGAUCAACAACAAUUCCUGACAAACGAACAAUUCCCAAUUCCUGACUGACCAAACUUAGAGUUAGAAAUUUCAAUUGGAUCAGAAUACUUAGGUAAAUUGCUCAAAUUGAGUUGUGGGUCGAAUUUUUGGGAGCUAUAAAGAUGCAUACAAUUCUUUUUUUUUAUAUGACAAUGAAAUCCUUUCUCUAUUUCUUCCUUUAUUGUUGUUGCUUCAGGUUUAUUUAUUCGUUUGCCAUUUGUAUCACGUCUCCCUCAACUCCCUCCACCUGAGAGUCCAGUGUUCAUCUCACUCAGUAUUGUGUUUACAUCUACAUGUCAACCUUCGGUCUUUAUCUGUCGACAGCUGAGAAAUGUUCACACACUUUCACAAUAAAGACAUAUGCAUCGGU